CGCCAAAGCCUCACUCAGACUGUCAGAGUCAAGGCAAACGCAAACCCAUAAGAAGCUCAAAGUUUUCCAUUUUCCUCCCCCACAAAAACGAAAAAACAGACUCGAGCUCUGCGCAACAAUGCUGUGAGAGAAGUCGAUUGACCAUGCUUCCUGCGCUUGCUCGUUGUUUGGGGAGGUCUGUGCAUUUAGGACAAAGCCAAUACUAAGUUUACGAAGAAGGCUGCACCAAAAGCUGUUCUGCAACGCUGCGUUGCUGUUGCGGGGGCAUGAGGGUUUCUUCGCAAUAACUCCUGCUUUUGGGAGCAAAUAUUUUAGUGCCUUUGUCCACUCGCCCUGCUUUUAUCAUGGCGGAAGCAGCUUUGAGACUGAGCCGCUGUGGUGUGAAGGCCCCUUCCCCAUCAGCAGCACAGAGUAGUGCAGGCGCUAAUGUGAAAAAGACGGGCCCCAGACUGCCUGCUUAUGCGCAACCUUUUUUUCUGCUUAAGCCAACGUCCUUCUUUUCAAGAGCCGUCCGCCCAAGAGGGGGGCUGCAGGCAGGGUUUAGGGAACCGCGGUCGGUCGCCCCCUGCCGAGGCUUUCUGCUGACCCCUGAGGGGAGGAGGAGGAGUUUGGGGAGACGGCAAGACCAGGGGAAAGGAGGGCAAAGGGGUUUGAGAUCAUUUGGGCGGAAAGAUGUGGAAUCAAGAGAGUAUUUGAAGCCGCUCCAAGGGUGCGAGUCUCGCAAGCAAUAUGAUAAGUCCACCCAGGCGGGGGGUAGUGAAGCUGAGGGGUCAACCGAAGGUGACGAUGAAGAAGUCUCCAUUUUGCCACAGUAUGCACUGGGACUAGAGAGCCCACAAAGUAUGUAUAAAGAAAGGGCCGACGAAGGAUCGGACGGCGAAACUGGACGGAAGGGUGAUCAAGCCGUUGAGAUUGAGAACGAGGCUGGGGAGGAAGUGACUGAUGGGCAGUGGGAGAAAAUUCUGGUCAUGGACCCCAAAGUUGCGGCGCGGCACCCGCUACAUCAAGCAUUCUUGCAGUAUUCGCGCUGGAUGGCCAAGAAAGUGGUCCGCUACGGGGUCGUUUUUAGCUCCACGUUUGCUGUCUCCUGCACUGCCGCUCAGCUGAUAGGGUCGGGCGAUUUCAGCUCGCCCGUCGUCAGCGGGUGGUUGGGCGGCUUUGUGAUUGGCUCGUUUACGAGCUCAGCAGCGAUCUGGCGCUUCAAGCUCAACUCAACCCAGAGAAAUGUUGUCGUCACUGGCAGCACCCGGGGCUUGGGCAAAGCGCUUGCUCGGGAGUUCCUCCGCUUUGGGGACAACGUAGUCGUCGCGUCCAGGAGCGAGGAGGCCGUCCGGCGGACCGUAGCGGAGCUGCGCAAGGAGAUGCUGCAGGAGGGGCUGGGUCAGCCCACGAAGCGGGACUACUCGUGGCGCAACCGCAAGCGCGAGGCGAAGCCGCACCGGGUCGUGGGGCGCGCGUGCGACGUGUCGGACAGCGCAGAUGUCCGCCGGCUCGCGGAGUUUGCGCAGAGCAACUUUGGCCACGUGGACCUCUGGAUCAACAACGCGGGCCAGAACCCUGGUGCCAAGUCCUUGAUGGAGUUCGAGGACGAGGAGAUCAGCAGCGUCGUGGCGACGAACCUGGUGGGCUCGCUUGUGUGCACCAAGGAAGCCAUCCGGUUCAUGCGGUCCCAACCGACGGGGGGCCACGUGUUCAACAUGGACGGGAAUGGUUCGGGCGGGAAUGCCACCCCGCAGUAUGCCGUUUACGGUGCCACGAAGUGCGCGCUGCGGCAAUUGCAGCAGACGCUGCUCCGGGAGACGGCCAGCUCCAAAGUGGGCGUUCACACCGCGUCUCCCGGAAUGGUCCUCACAGAGCUGCUCUUAGCCGGCGCCACUCUGUCCAACAAGCAGGCCUUCAACUUCAUCUGCGAGCAGCCCGAGACGGUCGCCAAAGCGCUCGUCCCGCGCCUCCGCCGAGUGCGGGGCACCGGGGCAGCCAUCAACUAUCUUACGCCGCCACGUGUCCUGCUCGCGCUCGCGCUCGCGUGGUUCCGACGAGGCCGCUGGUUCGAUGCGGAGGGCCGCGCUGUGUAUGCUGCCGAGGCGGAGCGGCUGCGCGCGUGGGGCGAGCCGAAGCGGCCGUCGCCCGAGGCGGCCGCGAUGGAGCUGGUGCCCGCGAGCGCGUGGCUCUGCCUCAACUGCUCGUCGCUUAUCUGCCUCUACCUCGUGCUCCAGAACAUGUCGUCAUCCUAGGGUACCCGUGUGACGUCAUGGUGACGGCGAUGUGGCGUAGGGAUUUCAAGACGUUACGAUGAUAGCAUGGGAGUUCGUUUGCAGUGAGCGAGUAAGGGGGAAGAUUGGGGCGCGGGUGUCUUUAGGGUUUCAAGGAGGGAUCAUUGGAGGGCCACUAGAGAUUGGGCCGAUAGGUUGACUGCCAUCGAUUCUUGCAUUCUUUUGAGAAGCUAGAGGCGAUUGUGGAAUGUAGACGAUGAUUCGAUAAUCGACUUAGCUGGUUGGUGGAUUAUGUGUACAGUUAAAGUUCCAACAUUGUAGGUACUACAUAGGAGGUGAAGGUUUUAGUUACGUACCGUCAUAUCAACGGUGGCACGCCAACACCAUCUCGCGGACGACAGUGGUCUUAAACAGAGUUACUUCCAGAGAGUAGAUUGCGCUCACUUAUGGGGAACGACAAGGAACCAUCCAAUGAAUAGGGCCUUUCGAGCAGAUACCAGCAAUCCUUUGCAAGACGGUAGGAGCGGUUUGUAACUAUACAUACGACAUUCACAGGUGAUUCAGGUUUUCUUUGGGGACUAUUAUGUACAUAGAUCGCUCAAAAGGACGGUUUGGCGACGUGCUCAAUCAAACCACAAGUUCGAAGUUCUACCGGUCAUACUCCGGCA